CAGCCCAAGAGCCUUAAAAUCCGCUUACAUUCUUCCUAAUCGUCUUUGUGCUAACAAGCCCUUGCCUUUGCUUGAUUCCUUCAAAAGUUGCGGUUGCCCUCAAAUCAUCGAGUUGGGGAUAUCGUUCUUGCUAGUUGCUACCUAUUCGGCCCACACAAUUACGUAUCCGCUAAUCGACAGGCUCCCCCUCCACUGCCCACUCCUAUUCUCUCCCACCAUCGAUAACUCCCUAAGCUGCCUCAGCUUGUUGUAACCUCAAGAAACAUUACCCUAUUAUUCCUACAGCUCUCAGUUGGGCUCCCAACGGAAUCAUGUCAGACGAAGAGGCUCUUUCACCGCCGAGACGGUCUGGAACUAGCGACCCUGGCGCACACGAUCUGGCCAACGCCUCCGACUCAGAAGACCACUUCUCCGAUGCGCAAUCCGCUCCCCUUAGCCCCGGAACGUCACCGAUUCCCAAAACCCGCGUAGAGAAAGUCGACGAUGAACCGUCCUACGGCGAGGUCCCUGGAACGGAGGCGUACCGCUUGAGGGAGGGUGAUGCUGAGCCGGACGAGAUUGCAAUCCAGGAGAAGGGCAGUAGCGAGGCAUCGUCGACCGCAGACAGUGCGCCCAAGUCGCCAGUCAUUCCCAAGACUGUCGUUGAGGAGGCCCCGGGCGAGUCAGGGCCGCACUCAGAGGAGUUCUUGGAGAAGCGCAAGGCAGACGCCCCAGCCGACUUGGUUGUCAAGCCAGAUGGCGAGACUGAGGAGGGUGGCAGUUCCGAUUCCCCCCCUGUAUCACCUGCGCUAUCGUCAACACCAAGUUCGCCUGCCGUGAAGCGGAAACCCUCCAAGACGGCUCUCUCGUCUGCUCCGUCUAGCGCCGGCCUUGCACCGCCUCCCGAUGCAGCUGAUAACGAUGACGAUGACGCUGAAGGCGGUGACGAGGUUGAUGAUGACGACUUUGGUGACGAUUUCGACGACUUUGAGGAGGGUGCAGAAGCCGACGCCGACUUUGAUGACUUUGAAGAUGGCUUUCAAGAACCCGAAUUCCAAGCUCCCGCUCCAGCUCCAGCUCCAGCGCCUAGCUUACCACAAGUACCGUCACUGCCUUUCGAUAUACCAGACUUUGACGGCUUAGACGGCGAAGACGUCCUACAAGCUAUCGACCCAUACCUCAACACCCUCUUCCCCCCAGAAAGCCUAGACGUCGACUCCCCGCCACCGCUGACGAAAGAAAACCCCAUCUUCCUCACACCGCGCAGUGCUUCACUAUGGUCGCAGCUGGUGGCACCUCCGCCGCUAGCUCCCCCGGAUUGGAUCCGCUCGCGAAUCCGCCGUCUCUUCCUCGUCUCGCUUGGCGUGCCGGUCGACUUGGACGAGAUCCUCCCAGCCUCCAAGCAAAAGAAGCUCGUGCUGCCCUCACUGCAAGUCCCCUCCGGCUCACCGCGGACAUCAUCAGAUUCUCGGUCCGUGUCACGGGUGCGGGCCGACGCCAACGCGUCGUCGACGUCUGUCGACUCAAAGGGCAAACCGACAGCGUCAUCCAAGAAGAAGGGACCGCCGCCGGUGCCGGACCUGGACCUCGUAUCGGCCAAGCAGCUCUGCACGACGACGGACGAGGCCCUAAACGGCAUGACGGACGACGAGCUCAAGGCACACGUGGACAGGCUAAAGGCGAUGGAGGGAACGGCCAAGGAGGUAUUGGAGUACUGGACCAAGAAGACGGACGAAAAGAUAGGCGACAGAGAGGCCUUUGAAGGCGUGAUAGAAAACCUGGUCAAGCAUGCACGCAAAGUCAGGAAAUAGAAAUAAUAGAAAAGUAAAGUGGGC